CUGUCAAAUUAAAAACUAUCGACAUUUCUCAUUCCUAAUUUUUGUGCGUGGAAACUCUGAAGUUUUAGUGUGAAAAAAUCCUUUUUUGUGUCUCCCCCAGCACUCGUCGAGACAGGCUUCCCUGAUGGCCGAGGACGAGGACAAAAGCUGGUGCGAUAGCGUGCGCUUCAACGGAGGCGACACGUACCCUCCGGGAAUGUCGUAUGGCUUCCUGGAGGACUACCAGAUGCCCCCAAUUGGGCAGCAUCAGAUGCACCCUGUGCAUCCAAUGGUGCAGAAUCCGCCACAAGGUGCAUCCACGCAUGUGGCGCCAGAGGAUAACUUUACGGUGCUCUCAAUGGGGCACGGUAGCUACUUACGGCUGUACCACAACAAAGAUGAGGCAGCCAAGUUCAACAACUACGAGCUUUUUUCUGCCCCAAAUCCCGCCUUUCAGGCUGCCCCGGGGAUGCCGACGCGCCCCAGCGAGGUACCACCGCAAAAUGAUUCGUCUUACUCCACCAACAUGUUCCUGAAUCAGCUCGUGGGGAAUUGGGCGCCAAAUGUCUCGGGGACAUACACCCCAUUUGGCGAGGUGGUUGAUAAGGCGGAGGAUGCAGCUGCCGGGACGCUACCGUGUGCGAGUCAGCGUGCUCCGGAUGCGGUCAGUGGUCCGGAAAUGGUGGGGAAACCGUUUGAAAUCAAUCGACCGGCACCACUCACGGAGAAUGGUCAGAGUCAGCUGCGUGACGCGAAGAAGCCACGAAUGGUGGCUGAAGUGAAACCCAUGCGAAUGACUUAUUCAGACGUUCUCAGCAAGAAUGUCGCCAUUAACACUGCCCCCAGCGCUGCUGCCACUGCUCCCACCCCCAAGACGCCGCAGAGUGAGAAGAAGGGUGGCGAGAAGAAGUCCACGCAUGGGCAGGAAGGGCAGCCAAAGGCGAAGAAGACAUCAACCCCAUCAGCGAGGGUUGAAUCCCACGGGCCGGCUGCACAACAGGCUGCUUCCACAAAGGAUACAUCCCAGAGUGCUUCCGAUGAUAGUCAUCCCAAGGAGCCGAAGAAGGAGUCCAAGACUGCCAAGAAGAAAACUACGACAAAGGGUGGGCAGAAGACGAGCAAACCCAAUGGAAAUCGGAAACCGAAGAAUUCAAAGUACAACCACGUGUCGGACAACAAUGAUGAUGAGGAAGAGAUUGAGGAUGAGGCAAAUGACGAUGAAGGCGAUGAGAUGGGAUUCUUCUACAAUGUGGCAAAGACGAGCAACACCACCGAUCCCGCGUACACGGAAAAAUCCAGCAAGGCGGUGUUGAAUAGCAAGACGCGCCCCCGGAAUUCCGCAUCGAAUCCACGCAGCUCAUCGACGAGGAAUCGCGGUGAGAGCAGCUCGAUGUACGCAUCGAGACGCACAGCGAGGCAGAAGAAGAAUGAGAAGUACAUUUUCCUGCUGCGAAUGCUGGAGCUUUGGCUGGACUACCUGCUGAAGGCUCUCAUGUGGCUCGUCUCCCUCGUGACGGACAUUGUGUGGCUGAGCUAUGGGAUUGUGUGCGACAAGGUGUGCGCGGGAUAUGCCUUCGUGCGGCAACACUACAAGACCGUGGCGAAGGAGGUGCGAAAUAGUGCAAAUCUCCACCGACGCUUCCUCACCUACUUGGACAGGAAGUUCUCAAAGAAUUCCAAGUGGGCCUUCUGGAGGCGCCUCUUCCGUCGUGCAACACCCCUCGAUACAGCCGGUCUUGGCGCCGCUGGCGGGGGUGGCGGGGAGUUCUACAAGAAUGGGAGACUUCCGCAAACGGGCGAGGAGGCCAUGUAUUCACUUCUCAAUUGCAAAGGGAAGGACGCCUACAGCAUUCUCGGGGUGAGUCAGGAUUGUUCGCAGGAGCAAAUACGGAAGCACUACAAGAAGAUUGCUGUACUCGUGCAUCCGGACAAGAAUAAGCAGCCAGGGGCUGAGGAGGCCUUCAAAGUUCUUCAGAGGGCGUUUGAACUCAUUGGAGAACCGGAGAACAGACAAGCCUACGAGCGUAACCUUGCCGAAGCCCUGAAUGCUGAGAAAGCCUGGACGGAGCUGAAUGAUCUCCUGACGCAGCUCCAUGCAAAAAUUGCCGAAGCUGCCAAUACAAUUCGCUGCAGCAGUUGCGGCUUGAGGCAUCCACGGAAACCAACGGGGCGACCCCACUAUGCGGCCAGAGAGUGCAAUUCGUGCAAAAUUCGACACUCUGCAAGAGAGGGUGACAUUUGGGCCGAGACGAGCUUCAUGGGGAUCUGUUGGAAGUACUUGGCACUGAUGGAGGGGAAUGUGUACGAUAUCACGGAAUGGGCCAACUGCCAGAAGGGCGCCUUGUCGCACCUACAGCCCAAUUCACAUUCAGUCCAAUAUAGAAUUGUUCUGGGGAAUCAGCAGCAGCAGCAGCAGCAACAACAGCCCGGCACCAGUAGCAUGGAUGGCAAGAAAGAGGCAAAAAAGGAGCCACAAUUCAGUCGUCCGAGCUUGGAUGAUUUCCUAACAAAUCUCUACGGUGGACCAAAUCAACAAUCUCAGUUCUCAUCGAAGCGCCGAACGAAGAAGAAUUAAUUCUUUUAGCAAGUUCAGCAUCAUUUCGUUCUCCACUCUUUUUUCCGCUUCUUCUUGGACACUUGUGGUAUGUGGAUGCCACACGAGAAAAAAAAAUGAAUGAAUUCGUAGAUUUACUCUCGCUCCUAGAGAUCGUUUUGACUUCUAGCAAACAGAAUUACUAACACACAAACUGAACUACUUUUUUUGAGUUAUUCGCUGAUUAAAGAAUUAGAAUAACGCA